AUGGCUGCCAUGAACUUCUCCAAGGAAGAGGAGAUUGUCCUCGCAAGAUGGCGUGCAAUCGACGCUUUUAAGAUUCAGCUAGAGCUGAACAAAGACAAUCCGCCGUAUACCUUCUAUGAUGGUCCGCCUUUUGCGACUGGGCUUCCUCACUACGGCCACAUUCUGACCUCCACCAUCAAGGAUGUCAUUCCUAGAUACUGGGCGAUGAAGGGAUACCUGGUUGAGCGUCGAUUUGGCUGGGAUACCCACGGUGUCCCAAUUGAGUACGAAAUCGACAAGGCGUUCGGCAUCAAAGGGAAGCAGGAAAUUCUGGCCUUUGGCCUUGCCAAGUACAACGAAGAAUGCAGAAAUAUUGUGAUGCGAUACGCAGCCGAGUGGAGGACGAUGAUUGAGAGGCUGGGGCGCUGGGUUGACUUUGACAAUGAUUACAAGACUAUGGAUUUGAACUUCAUGGAGAGCUGUUGGUGGGUUUUCAAACAACUCCACGACAAAGGCGUCGUAUACCGGGGCUACAAGGUAAUGCCUUAUUCGACUGUCCUCACCACUCCACUCAGCAACAACGAGGCUCAGGAAAACUACAAAAUGGUACAAGAUCCAGCCGUUGUGGUCACUUUCCCCCUCCUCGAUGACCCCAAAACUUGCUUACUAGCAUGGACAACCACUCCGUGGACCCUCCCGGCCCAUACAAAUUUAGCGGCGAACCCCGAUUUCGAGUACGUCAAGAUCUCCGACGAGAAGACGGGCAUGAAUUACAUACUGCUGGAGUCAUUGAUAGGAACGCUGUAUAAGAAGCCAGAAAAAGAAAAGUACAAGGUCGUUGCCCGGUACAAGGGAUCAGACCUACUAGGUUGGAGAUACGAGCCUCUCUUCCCCUAUUACUACGAUCAGUUCAGGCAGAAUGGCUUCCGCGUUUACAACGAUAGUUACGUUACAGCAACUAGCGGUGUGGGAAUAGUCCAUCAAGCGCCAGCUUUUGGCGAGGAGGACUUCACUGCCGCCAUGAAAAAUGGCAUCAUUUCGGCCGAACGGUUACCCCCCAACCCUGUUGACGACAACGGGUGCUUUACCUCAGAGGUCUCAGAUUUUGCCGGGCAACACGUGAAAGAUGCUGAUAAGCACAUCAUCAAAUAUCUUCAAGGGCGGGGGAGACUUAUUGUAAACUCGACCAUCACCCACAGCUACCCCUUGUGUCCCAGGUCAGACACUCCACUCAUCUAUCGCGCCAUCUCUUCGUGGUUCAUCAAGGUUCCGCCUAUCACGUCCCAGAUGCUAGAAGAGGUCGAAAAAACUCACUGGGUGCCAUCCGUUGUCAAGGAACGACGGUUUGCGAACUGGAUCGGCGGUGCUCGAGACUGGGCCGUGUCCCGAAAUCGCUACUGGGGUACCCCGUUGCCUCUAUGGGUGAGCGACGACUAUGAAGAAGUCAUCGCCGUCGGCAGCAUUGAAGAAUUGAAGCAGCUGAGUGGCUACGAAGGCGAGAUCAAUGACCUCCAUAGACACAACAUUGACCACAUCACCAUCCCUAGCAAGCAGGGAAAGGGCAUUCUCCACCGUGUUGAAGAGGUUUUUGACUGCUGGUUCGAGUCAGGAAGUAUGCCCUAUGCCUCUCAGCAUUAUCCCUUUGAGAAUAAGGAAGCAUUCGAAAAACGCUUUCCAGCCGACUUCAUUGGAGAAGGCCUCGAUCAAACAAGAGGUUGGUUCUACACUCUUCUUGUCUUGGGAGUUCACCUCUUUGGUACCUGCCCGUUUAAGAACUGUGUUGUAAACGGUAUGGUCCUUGCCGAAGAUGGAAAAAAGAUGGCAAAGCGUCUCAAAAACUACCCAGACCCAGACAUCAUCAUGAGCCGCUAUGGCUGCGACGCACUCCGACUUUAUCUCAUCAAUUCCCCGGUGGUACGGGGAGAGCAUUUCAAUUUCAAGGAGUCUGGCGUCAAAGAGAUGGUUCAGAGAACCCUCCUACCCCUCUGGAAUAGCUAUAUAUUCUUUUGGGACCAAGUCCGAUUGCUGCGCAAAGUCGAGGGGAUCGAGUUCAAAUUUGCCCCGGCAAAGGUUGCGUCCUCCGGGAAUGUCGUGGAUAGGUGGAUCCUGGCUACCUGUCAGUCCUUUUUGAAGGAGCUCAGCGACCAGAUGGCUGGCUACCGCCUUUACAACGUGGUCCCAAGGGUCCUUGAGCUCAUUGACAAGAUCACGAAUUGGUACAUACGCCUCAACCGCCAACGACUGAAGGGGGACCGCGGAGCUGAGGAGACAGUGGUUGCUUUAAACACGUUGUUUGACGUGCUUUAUACUGUCGCACGCAGCUUUGCUCCCUUUAUACCUUUCUUGACUGACAAGUUGUGGCUCCACCUCCAAGAGUUUAUGCCAGCUGACCUGCUUGUUGGCGACAUCCGCUCUGUUCAUUUCCUGCGUUUUCCAGAACCUCGCCUAGAACUAUUUGAUGAAGUGGUUGAGCGUCGGUUCGCUUGUAUGAGGACGGUUGUUGACCUUUGCCGCAUUUGCCGCGAACGAGAGCCAGCCAUAAGCCUCAAGCAACCUCUCAUGACCCUUACAGUUCUCCAUCCUGACCAGCAAUACCUCUACGACGUUGCCUCACUCGCCGACUACAUCAAAGAGGAACUAUCGAUCAUCACGCUGACCCUCAGCUCCGACGAAGGCCUCUAUGGCGUACAGCAUAGCUGCACAGCGAAUUGGUCUACGAUUGGAAAGAAACAUCGCCAGAAUGCCAAGCGACUCGCAACCGCCCUCGCAGCUCUAUCAAGUGCAGAAGUCAAGCGCUUGAUUGAGAAAAAAUCGGUGGUGAUUGACGAUGUUGAGGUUUCCGUCGAGGAUGUCGUCAUCAAACGGGGUAUUGCUCCGGACCUAGCGGGAUCAGAGAGCGCCGCAGUUGGCGUUGACGGGGACACGCUCAUCAUUCUCGACAAGACAAUCUACCCGGAGCUGGAGGACCAGCGUCUCGGCCGCGAGAUUGUCAACCGGGUGCAGAAGCUCAGGAAGAAGGCCGGCUUGCACCCUACCGACGACGUGAGAGUCGAGUACGCCGUCCUCAGCGAUCCCGAUGGCAUUGGCAUUGAGAAUGCUUUUUUGACCCAAGCAAGUAAUAUGCAGAAGGUGUUGAGGCGGCAAUUGGAGAGAUAUGACAGAGGCUCUGCAGAGGAUGCUGGAGCAGAUGCUGAUAGUAAUGUUUGCGAAUCGAUCAUUGAGGAAGUGCAGGAGAUUCAAAACUCCCUGUUCUCGCUGAGAAUCUCCGCUCUAUAG